AUUGCGUUGUCUUAAUUCCUCCAUCUUUGUUCCGUGUCAUUUCCAUACUCCUCUCCGGAUCGCUCACAUUCACUGAUCAAGGGAUUUGAUAAGAUACUGUUUGUGCUGGUGAGGGCAUCAUCAGAGUGAAGUUGCUGAUUAUAUAGCAUUUGUUAUUGGUUGUUUAACCCUACUAUUUAUAAUCAGAGGAAAGAGAGAAAGAAAAAAAGGAGCAGAAUGAGUAGUCCACAGCUGCCAAAGAAAAGAGUGGCAUUUGUGCUGAUUGAUGGGUUGGGUGAUGUGUCACUGCCAAGGUUUGGAUACAAGACUCCUCUUCAGGCAGCGAAAGUACCCAAUUUGGAUGCCAUAUCAUCUGCUGGAGUUAAUGGACUAAUGGACCCUGUUGAGGUUGGCUUAGCUUGUGGAAGUGACACUGCUCAUCUUUCCUUGUUGGGUUAUGAUCCUAGAGUUUAUUAUCGCGGUCGAGGAGCGUUUGAAUCCAUGGGGGCGGGGUUGGCCAUGUCACCUGGUGAUAUUGCUUUUAAGUCAAACUUUGCCACUCUUGACGAGAAAACUGGAAUAGUCACCAGUAGGAGAGCUGACAGGCAUUUUGAAGAAGAAGGCCCCAUACUUUGUGCUGCCUUGGAUGGAAUGAAGCUGCCAUCUUUCCCUCAAUAUGAAGUCAGGGUCAGGUAUGCAACGGAGCAUAGAUGUGGAGUGGUUGUUAAAGGUCCAAAUUUGAGCGGAAAUAUUUCAGGAACAGACCCAUUAAAGGACAACCGCUUACUUUUGAAAGCAGAAGCUUUAGAUGAUUCUCAUGAAGCAAGGAACACUGCUGCUGUUGUUAAUGAGUUGUCCAAGGAAAUAACAAAAAUUCUGGUUUCUCAUCCUGUAAAUGCUAAACGUGUUGCCGAAGGGAAGAACAUAGCAAAUGUAGUCCUUUUAAGAGGUUGUGGCAUUCGAAUUGAGGUUACACCAUUUUUAAAUAAACAUGGUUUGUGGCCAUGCAUGGUGGCUCCAACAAAAAUAAUUGCUGGCCUGGGCUUAUCACUUGGUAUUGAUAUUCUAGAUGCUCCUGGAGCAACUGGAGACUAUCGAACUUUACUAACUUCAAAAGCAUCAGCAAUAGCCAAGGCACUCUCGGCUCCUUUACAGUCCUGCCCCCAAGUUUUUGUACCUGGAGAGGAUGAGCUUAAAGCAGGCCGGUCGGAUGGCUAUGACUUUGGUUUUCUUCAUAUCAAGGCAAUAGAUGAUGCUGGUCAUGACAAGGCAAGCAUCCUCAAAGUCAAAGGAUUAGAAGCUGUAGAUACCGCUGUGGGGCAGUUGGCAAGGCUUCUCUGGGAAGCAGAAUCAACAGGAAAAUUUCAGUUUUUCCUUUGUGUCACAGGUGAUCACUCUACUCCAGUAGAAUAUGGAGAUCAUAGCUUCGAACCAGUUCCAUUUGCCAUGUGUCGGUUGAAAGACUUUGUUGGUGCAGUUGGUGAAUCCAUUGUUUGCAAAACUCCUCUUGAUCCAUUUCCUAUUCCAAGUGUUAAGUCUGGUGACGAUUUACUUGAUAAUUUGGAAACAGAAGAAAGAAGGGACAAAAGUUCUCAAGCUUACUGUGGUGAUUCAGUUUAUGAGCUAAAUGAAGUGGCAGCUGCAAGUGGGUGUUUGGGGCGUUUUCCUGGAGGAGAAAUGAUGGGAAUUAUAAAGAAAUUCCUUGACUUAGAUGUAGAAACUGCUUAACUAGGAACUAGCAAGUUAGGAGUGUUAUGGCAGUUCAUAUUUUUCUGAGAAAUUUUAAAGUUCAGACUUUUUCUUCUCUCGCUCUGAAGAUCAAGGGACUUCAGGGUACAAAAAAUCAAAUUUUGAACUCUUUGUAGCAUAAGAAGUCUACUCUAAAAAUAACAAUGGAAACUCACUUUAAC